AAAUGUAUCCAAGGUUGGUCUAAAGAUAUUUACCAAAGUGACCGACCAUAUAAUUAAGAAAAAAAUAAAUACCAGAAGUCCUAGUAAUAUUAGCCAAUAGCUUAAUAGCUUCCUUAAUCAAAACUAAAAAGCUUAAAAACAAUUAAGUUAUUUAUUAUUGAUUUUUGUAUUACCUUAAGUCUUUCACUUCUUUAAUAAUUGUUUUGGUUAUACCUUCAAUACUUGAAUUUUCUAUUAAUUUUAAUUGACCUCAAUAAGGUAUUAAAGUUUUCCUCAUAAAAAAAUUUAACAUGUUGAGAAGGUAUAUUUUAUACACUACCAAUAAAUUUGUCAAUUGUCGGCAUGUCUCCCAAUCAAUGGUACAGUCUACAGUUGAUGAAAAAUCAGGCAUAGCUACUGUGACAAUGAAUAAGCCACCCGUUAAUAGUUUAAACCUUGAGUUUUUAGAUGAAAUUAAUACUCAACUUAAUAAAUUACAAAAAGAUAAAAUCCGAGGAAUGAUAUUAACAUCAGGUUUGCAGAAAGUGUUUUGUGCAGGAUUAGACAUAACAGAAUUUUAUAAUCCAAAUCCUGAUAGAUUAGCCAAAUUUUGGACUACCCUACAAGAUACUUGGCUUUCACUUUAUAUGGCUUCAUUUCCUACUGUAGCUGUCAUAAAUGGUCAUAGUCCAGCAGGAGGUUGCUUAUUUGCUAUGAGCUGUGAUUACAGAGUUAUGGUCGGGCCGAAUUAUGCAAUUGGACUUAAUGAGACUAAAUUAGGAAUUGUUGCUCCAAAAUGGUUUCAAGAUACUAUGGUAGCAGUUAUUGGACAAAGGAAAGCUGAAGUGUCAUUGACCACAGGAAAAAUGUAUACUACUGAUGAAGCAUUGAAAAUUGGUUUGAUCGAUGAAAGUUUGCCAGAUGCAGACAGUGCUCUUAAGAGAGGAACACAGUUUUUAAAUAAUUUCCAAAGGAUAUCCCCUUGGGCAUAUAAGAUGACUAAAGAUAUCAGUCGUCAACCAACUAUUCAAUGGUUAAUUGAUAACAAACAAAAAGAUCUUGAUUUUGUUCUUAACUUCAUGCAAUCCCCAGAAGUUCAAAAAAGUCUUGGGCUUUAUUUACAAUCUUUAAAAAAAUAAAAUAAAAAUAUAGUUUUAUA